AAACAUUCAGGACAUUGGUCAGGCGAACAUUCAUUGCUAGCUGGUUUCUACUAACUUGAUACAGAAGUCAGUUCUGUUUAGUUAAAACUUCAUAUUACUACGGUAAAAGCGCGCAUAUGUCUCGGUCCUGAAUGUCUAAACUACCAGGAAAUGCAGGUGUCUCCUUGCUUGGUGACAAGACCUUGGACUUCUACCGGGAUCCGGUGUUCUUCUGCCUGCAGAGAAUUGAAAAACACAGCAGCAGAGUUUUCCAAUGCCGCUUAAUGAACAAACCGACCGUCUUUAUCUGCUCUGUCGAGGGGGCGCGAGAGCUGCUCUGUGAAAAGUCUAACAUAUUUCUGAAGGACCCAACUGAUUUUAUGACAAACAUAUAUGGAGACACUGUUGUCACCAUGAAUGGUGAGGAGGCCUUCCUCCUCCGUCUGUCUCUCAACCACUUGUUUACAGGAACAUGUCUGGAAUCCUCAACUAACUACAUGUCCAGUGUAUGUGAUCACUGCUUGAAGAACCUCUCAAUCAGUGCGGAGCCACAGUGUGUUUAUUCCAUCUUUAAACGUCUGGGGGCGGAGUUGGUGUUGAGUCUUUUCCUGAAUGUACGAGCCGAGGAUCAGCCUGAGGUUUUCCAGGAAAUCAUGGAGCUCUGCACAGAACACUGGCACGGUUUAAUCUCAGUUCCAGUAAAUGUGAAGGUACCUUGGUGGACAUCGGGUUUCGCCAAAGCUCUGGAUGCCAGAAGCAAACUGAUGGAGAUCAUCAAAGACAAAUUAAAGAAUGAAACACAGGGUUUUGUCGGCGCUUUGGGUUCCGUGCCAUUUCCCAACUCUGGUUCUGCUGCUCAACAUCUCCUACUGUUCAUCUCAGCACUCAUUCCCAAAGCUCUGGCAUCGCUGCUCACCUCCUUCACUCUGGCUCUUGGAGGACCUGAACAGAGGGAAAGUCGUCAAGAAGCCAUCCGUAAUCCUGAUCACCUUCACAGAGUUCUCCUGGAGGUGCAGAGACUGUGGCCGCCCUUCAUUGGUGGACGCAGAAUAGCUGAAAAGGAAUCCACUCUCGCAGACUUCUGUGUUCCUAAAGAUUAUGAUGUAAUGUAUGUCAGCUACUUCAUCCACCGUGACCCAGAGGUGUUCCAGCAGCCCGAUAGCUUCCUGCCAGAAAGAUGGAGUGGGAGGAAUGCAGGCCAGGAGCAUUUGCUGUGUUCUUUUGGCAAUGGGCCCAGAAGCUGCAUUGGUUCGACCCUUACUGAGAUCUUUAUUAAGGAAGCUUGCAGAUACCUGCUAAAGAACUACGACUGGUGUUUGGAUCCUCCGUCGCAGGACCUUCAGUACAAAUGGCUGCCUGUGUCCCGCCCCGCCAACCUUCCCAGUGUGUCCUUCACCCGAUUGGAUCAAACCGUAUUAGAAUGA